AUGGAAGAUACCUCUAAGUUAAACACUUCAAAAUUGGGUACAAAACAGUAUUGGGAUGAUUUUUAUUCUUUAGAGAGAGAAAAUUUCAAAGAGAACCCAGAGGAUGUUGGUGAAUGUUGGUUUAAUGAUAGUGAUGCAGAGAUGCGAAUGGUUGAUUUCUUAAACGAUAAUAUUGGAUCUUAUAACAUUAAAUCAGAUUCUUCUAUUAUUGAUUUAGGCACUGGUAAUGGGCAUUUAUUAUUUGAACUAUUCGAAAAUGAUUUUGAUGGAUCAAUGCUAGGUGUCGAUUAUUCUGAACAAAGUGUUAACUUUGCAACUGAAAUUGCAAAAAAUAAAGGAUAUAAUGAUAGUAUUAAAUUUGAACAAGCGGAUAUUUUUCAAAACAAUUGGAAUCCUGGUAAAUUUGACAUCGUCUUGGAUAAAGGUACUUUAGAUGCAAUUGCCUUAAGUGGUAUUAAAUUUGAUGACGGCAAGACUAUUGUCGAUAUAUAUUCUAAAGUUAUUGAAAAAUUGUUAGAUAAAGACGGGGUUUUCUUGAUUACUUCUUGCAAUUUUACAGAAGAUGAAUUGACAAAAAUAAUUCAAGGUGAUUCAUUGAAAAAAUGGGAUAUUGUUAAAUAUCCAGUUUUUGAAUUUGGUGGUGUGAAAGGUACAACUGUUUGUACAGUUGCAUUUGUUAAACAAUAA